UGGUUCGGUUGUAGUUUAAUAUACUAAAGAAACCGUAGCUUGACUGGUCUGGUUUGACUCUUGUAUAGGGACAGUCUUUGGGUUUCAGUCAUGUCUGGUUCAAUCAAGAAUGUAGUUAUAUUCGGGUCCACUGGAAUGACGGGAUUGGUGACCUUACCACAGGCUGUCGCUGCAGGCUACAAUGUGACAGUACUUGUCAGGGAUAUCUCCAGGCUUCCUGCAGACCACAAGGCCUCCAGAGUGGUGGUGGGUGACGUCCUGAAAAUUGAGGAUGUAAAGAAAGCCAUGGAGGGCCAGGAUGCGGUCAUCAUCAUCCUGGGGACCAGGAAUGACCUCAGUCCCACAACCAUGAUGUCAGAAGGAACCAGGAAUAUCUUGGACACUAUGAAAGCUCGUGGGAUUCGAAAAGUAGUAGGGUGCAUGUCCGCCUUCCUUCUGUGGGACCGCGCCAAAGUGCCGCCCCGCCUGGUGCCCGUCACCGAGGACCACGACCGGAUGUACGCCUUGCUGAAGUUGUCAGGGCUGGACUACGUUGCGGUGAUGCCCCCUCACAUCGCUGAUGACCAGCCUUUAACUGAGAAGUACUCCGUGACUGAGGGCAUGGUGAAGGGACGUGCCAUCUCCAAGUUUGAUCUGGGCCACUUCUUUGUCAAGUGUCUUUCCACCUCUGACUGGGACAGGAAGACUGUGGGACUUUGCGGACAGUACAGUUAGGAAACUGUAUCUAGGAAAUAACACCAGUCAAAAGACCUGUUGUGUUGCUGCCUUAGUAAGUCUCCGCUGGUAAUUUUAGAAUCUACCUAGUUCACAACUAGAUACAGCCAUCUAUUCUGCCCCAGUGUUAAUGUAGUGGUACAUUAUACCUGGUUUUAAAUUUUGAUAUACAUUUUUAUAUGUCCAAAUGCACAUAAAAACUGCAGAGCUGCAUUGCUUUUUGCUGUCCAACUUUCUAUUGUACUAACAUUGCUUCAACAACUUCAUGUGAAUGUACUGUGGGCAUUAGAUACAAAUGUUUUCUCAUUCUCAUUAAUAAACUCACAACUAUUUUGUCACAAA